CUCAUCUUCACAAUGUCAACAAAUAUUAUCGAGUUGUCAAAUUAUGGCGGCAUUUCGUUCUGCAUCAGCCGAGAGCAUUUCGGUUCGAAAGUGGAGUGUUGUUUGUUGGUUGAUUUUACUUUGAUGAAACGUUGUACACAAUGCGACGAAGCAGUGCGCCAUCGAUGAAACGAUCCUGCGAAUCAGCAAACUCUGCAUUACACACAGCAAAGAAACCGGCCAGCACCAAUCGAGAUCAAGAUCGAUCUCCAGCAACAACGACAACAACAGUGGACCGUGAAAAUCAUUUGAAUACGAUUCUGAAACCGAAAAACUGCAAUGAAAGUGAUACAAAAACCAUCUUCAAAGUAGUUUGGGGUAAAAUUAGCACACGCAAACACAAAACAUGGGAAGGUGACGGUACGCUUGAAGUAUCCGGCAGGAGCGCUGUGCUGAAGGAUGAAACCGGACGAAUAAUAACCACCGCCAGUGGGUUAAAGAUCGACGAGGUAACGGAAGGAAUCCAGCUCGUCGUUGGUUCGAAGGAGGUAGAAGUGUUGGAGAAAUGGAGCCAAAACCAAACCACAUGUCCGUCGACAGUUUCAGGCAGUUCGAAGAUUUGUACGACGGUGCCUUUAAUAACCAGUUUUAAACCACCGGAGCAACGAGUGCAAAAUGAGCAAACAGAUACGGAAGAAUUUAAAAAACUUCCGCGCGAUACUGUGCCAUUGACAAGUAGUGCAUCCAAUUUUCCCCGGGAAACAUCAGCUAAAGUAAAGGCCAAUUAUAAAUCAAUUCAUUCUGCACCAAGUGAGAAAGUAGAAGAACAUGCUGUGGAACCGUUGAUUAUGAAGAAACCGUCAUACGAACACCAGUUCAAGCACAAUGUAGACCAUGAGCCCGUAUCUGAAGUGCACGUUCCAUACGUGCUUACACGCCAUCUGCGUCCACAUCAGCGGGAAGGUGUCAGCUUUCUUUACGAGUGUGUGACCGGAUUCAGGAUGCUAGAACCGCCUGGAUACGGUGCAAUUCUGGCCGAUGAAAUGGGUCUCGGCAAAACGCUUCAGUGUAUCGCUCUAAUGUACACGCUAAUGAAAACCGGUCCGUAUAGCAAACCGUUGGCCAAGCGUAUUCUGAUCGUCACACCGAGCAGUUUGGUGGAAAACUGGGAUCGUGAAAUUACCAAAUGGUUACGAAACGAACGAAUCUUUACAUUCAUCGUUGGACCGACCAACAAACUCAAACGAUACGCACAAUCGCCGCACAUUCCGAUACUGAUCAUAUCGUACGAAAUGCUGUCGAAGCAAAUCGGUGAGCUGGAAUCGGUCCGAUUCGAUUUGAUGUUUUGCGACGAGGGUCAUCGACUUAAAAACAGUAACGUAAAAGCAUUUGGCGUGUUGAAUCAAUUAGACUGCAAGCGGCGCGUGCUGCUGACCGGCACACCGAUACAAAACGAUCUGCAAGAGUUCUUCUCACUGAUAAACUUUGUCAAUCCGGGAAUAGUUGGAGCUUAUCAGGAUUUUAAAGCACGCUAUGAAACACCCAUCAUUAUCUCGCAACGGCCCGGUGUGCUACCACAGUCGAUGGAGCUCGGUAUUGAGCGACUAAAUGAAUUGAACGCCAUAACCGGUCGAUUUAUGUUGCGAAGGACUCAGGAAGUUAUCAAUCAAUAUUUACCCGAUAAACACGAAGUAGUAAUCUUGUGCCAUCCGUCCGAACUGCAGACCGGUUUGAUCCACACCGCGCUAACAUUUUACGAGAGCGAAAAGAGUUCCUCCAAUGCGAUUUCACCGCUGCAGUUGAUAACGAUAUUGAAGAAAAUCUGCAAUCAUCCUUCGCUCGUGUCGGUGCAAGGCAAAGGUGAUCCGGAAUCGUUGGUGCAUCUACUGUCGGAACAGUUACCUCCCUGGCAACGGAUGGGCCCAUCCGACUCAGCGAAACUAGGCAUUGUAGAGGCUCUACUAGAAUCGAUGCUAGCCAUGCAGGAAAAAAUUGUGAUCGUAUCGUACUACGGCAAGACGUUGGACAUGAUUGCUGGUUUGUGUGAGCACUACAAUUAUAAGUACUGCCGGCUAGAUGGUUCCACGGCAGGUCCCGAUAGGUGCAAGAUCGUGACCGCUUUCAACAGUGGUGCUUCCGACUGUUUCAUACUGCUGCUCAGCGCUAAAGCAGGCGGUGCCGGAUUGAAUCUGAUCGGAGCGUCUCGGCUGGUAUUGUACGAUAACGAUUGGAAUCCCGCAAACGAUCUGCAAGCAAUGUCACGCGUGUGGCGAGAUGGACAGCGGAAACCGGUAUUCAUCUACCGGCUGCUGACCGCCUACACCAUCGAGGAACGCAUAUUUCAACGACAAAUUUCCAAAACUUCACUUAGCGGAACAGUGGUGGAUCAGAGACAAAAUUUAAGUAAUCUCAAACUGUCGGACGAAGAGCUGAAAGAUCUUUUCUCCAUCAUUGACCCCAACGCAGUAGACGAUUGUUUAACACACAGUUUACUCGAGUGUUCUUGUGCCGGCAUCGGCAACGCUCCUGAUAGGGAUCAAGAGCCAUCCGAAGCGUGUGAUUCUUUCGAAGAUUUAUCAAACGAAAGAAGCAAAACGGAAAGUCGCUUUCAGUUGAGACCUUCUGCUGGAAAGCACAGCAAAGGGGGUAGAAAAAAAUUUGCCCUUAAAAUGCAGGAACUGAUGCGCUGGGAACAUCAUCGAUCGCCAGUGUCCGAAAGUGUGUUGGAGCAACUAGGUUUAUCACGAUGCGUCGACGACAUAGUGUUUUUGUUUCGAAACAUUGUAUCGGCGGCUAAAUAAAUGCAUCACAAUCU